UCGGCAAAGCAUUCCCCUCUGCUUGGCGAUCACCAGGUGGAGGCAUCCAGUCAGUCGCUUCGCGAUUGUAAUAUCGAAAAGAUCUCCGCCAGCUACCAUCAAUCGAUUUACUAUCUAUUGUUUACGUGCUAAUAUUUAAACGAUGUGAUAAAAUUGCACAAAAGCGAAUAUUUCUGUUAUUGUUACACCACUAAGCAGGAACAAUUAUUUUCCCGAAACAACGAAAAUGCAUGACAACUAUGCUGUCUACGUGGAAAAUGUAGUGAAGAACUAUGGAAAUAAGACAAUUUUGAAGGAGCUCAACAUGAAAGUUGAGCGGGGUAUAAUAUAUGGUCUUCUAGGUGCCAGUGGCUGUGGAAAAACUACCCUCCUGAGUAGUAUUGUGGGUCGUAAAAAAAUCGAUGGGGGUGAAAUCUGGGUGCUUGGUGGAAAACCGGGUGAAGUCGGGAGUGGAGUUCCUGGUCCAAGAGUUGGUUAUAUGCCACAGGAUAUCGCUCUCGUUGGAGAAUUCACAGUUAAGGACGCUAUUUAUUAUUUCGGGAGAAUUUUCGGAAUGGAAGAGAGUCUCAUUGCAGAGAGGUACAAGAAUUUACACAACCUACUGGAGUUGCCGCCAGAUGACAGGUACUUGAAAAACUGCAGCGGAGGACAACAAAGGAGAGUAUCCUUGGCAGCAUCCUUGGUACACAAACCAGAGCUGUUGAUUAUGGACGAACCGACGGUUGGAGUAGACCCAGUGUUAAGAGACAAAAUAUGGAACCACCUGGUGGAGAUAACAAAGAAAGAGAAUACGUCUGUGAUAAUCACUACACAUUAUAUAGAAGAGGCAAGGCAAGCUAAUAAGGUUGGCUUGAUGCGAGAAGGCAAACUCCUUGUGGAAGAGUCGCCCAGUAGACUGCUGACAAUCUUCAACACAGCCACGCUGGAAGAGGUGUUUCUGAUCCUGAGUAGGAGACAAGAAGAAGGAAGACUGGAAAAUAUUGAUCAGCAAGCUAUAGCUGACGACCAAAACAACUCUAUCGUCCCCUUCAAUCAUAUUUCGGGGUCUGCAGUGAGCGUUGCAUCCGUUUCCACUUUCGAAGUGGGUCAUGGAUCUACAGACAUGCUGGCAAAGGAAAAGUUGCGGAAAGCAAAGCACGCGAUAAACAGAAACCGCGUGAAAGCAUUGAUGGACAAGAACUGGAAACAAUUCUACAGAAAUGUGACAUUACUUGAAAAUUUUCAGAAAAUGAAUCAAAAUAUCGCAGUACACGUGAAAGGCGUGAGGAAACGGCUUGGAAAACUGCAAGUGCUCGAAGGAGUAGACAUGGAGGUGGAAAAGGGAACAAUAUAUGGUUUACUAGGUGCCAGUGGUUGUGGUAAAACGACCUUGCUGAACAUCUUGGUGGGGCGUAUAAAGCUCGAUGAGGGUGAAGUAUCUGUAUUGGGCAACGAAUACACUGGGCGACAAUCGAAUGUGUUAGGUUCCAGAGUUGGUUACAUGCCUCAGGAAGUGGCUCUGGUGGAGAGUCUAACAGUGAAAGAUACACUGUUUUAUUUCGGCAGGAUAUAUGGUAUGUCUGACAAAUUGAUAACUGAGAGGUAUGAUGAAUUGCAUACUUUACUGGAACUGCCACCGGAUAACAGGUAUAUAGUUGACUGUAGUGGAGGUGAGAAAAGAAGAGUGUCCUUUGCCUCGGCAGUUAUCCACAAACCAGAGUUGUUAAUACUGGAUGAACCAACGGUGGGAGUUGAUCCACUUUUGAGGGAGAGAAUAUGGAACUAUCUAGUCGAUAUGACGAAGAAACUAGGAACUUCUGUGAUUAUAACCACACACUAUAUUGAGGAAUGUAGGCAGACUGAUAGGAUCUGUUUGUUGAGAGGAGGAAUCAUUUUGGCUCAAGAGAACCCGGAUAGGCUUUUGGCUUUUUACAAUAGCCAAACAUUAGAAGACGUUUUUCUGAUGCUCAGUAAAGAGCAAGAUGAGGGGAGACUCAGUGUAACGAGGGGAGACAUGUUGCCCCCUCAAGACAAUGAAUCGAUUGCCAGUGGAAAAGUCACCACUUUCGAAAUCAAUGACGGCCCCGAGAUUCCUGAUAAAAAACGAGGUGUCAAACAGGCAAAUGGUUCAAUUAGCAAACGGCGAAUAUCAGCGAUGCUGGACAAGAAUUGGAAACAAUUUUAUAGGAACAGAACUGGCUUCCUUUUUUUUUUCUUCAUUCCCCUGAGUCAAACCUUUUUCUGUCUGGCUGGGGUUGGUGGGAACGUGAAAAAUAUACCCUUGGGGAUCGUCAAUGAUGAAGUUGAAGACUGCUCCUUCGUUUCUAACUUUGACGAUUCAUCCUGCCGGUUCAGCAACAUGAGCUGCCGGUUUUUGACCCAUCUAAAUCACCCCAUGAUAUCAAAGGUGAAAUGUGACUCCUUGGAAGAUGCGAUAGAAAAUGUUAGACGUGGGGUUACCGCAGGGGCUUUGUAUAUCCCAGAAAAUUUCAGUAGUCUGGUUGAGCAAAGAAUGGACACGGGACUAAUUUUUGAUGAUGACGUUGUUGGUGAUCUGAGUCAAGUUAAAGUUUGGAUGGACAUGUCAAAUAUGGAAAUAGGAGAGAGUGUAAAAUAUAAGCUGAUAGAAUUAUUCAAGGAUUUUCAAGUGUCAGUUUUGAAAGAUUGUGGCUAUCCACCAGAAUUCGGAGACGUACCCAUCAAAAUGAACUUGAUUUUUGGGCAUGAUCAAGAAGCCUUUACAGUAUUCAUGAUUCCAGGUGUUAUGAUAUCGAUAUUAUUUCUGUUCGGAUCGAUAAUUACCUGCCAAAUUAUCGUGACAGAGAGGGAGGAAGGAAUUUGGGAUCGAUCCAUAGUGGCAGGAGUGACAUCCUUAGAGAUCACAGUCAGCCAUCUUGUCUUGCAGGCAUGUUUAGCGCUAAUCCCCGUCAUCGAGAUUUUGUGUUUGAUUUUCUGGAUUUAUCAGUAUACCAACGUCGGUAGCUAUUGGCUCUUGUUUCUGAUACUAUAUUUGACAGAAUUGAGCGGAAUGUGCUAUGGAUAUCUUGUUUCCAUCGUAUCCAAUGGCCACAUAAUGGCGACCCUGUUUCUUUGUGGCUCGAUCAAUACGAUGAUUUUAAUAUGCGGUAUGAUAUGGCCAGUGGAAGGGAUGCAUUCAUUUCUUAGAUUGUGUACAAAGUUCUUGCCUUUCUCUUUUUCAAUUGAGGCUACUAG